GAACUUAGUCAAUGUCCGAUGAAUUUCCUCUUUCCCUGCUCUCUCUCUGUCUCUCUCUUCCUUUCAAUUUCUAUAAUGACUCAGAGAUGGCACAAGAAGAGAACCCAGUUGCCUCUGCUUGCACUAGUCUUAUUCGUCUUCAUACUCUCUACAAUUCUCUACAGUGAGAGCAAUAUCCAUAGGAUUCACCAAAACCAUGCCCACCCUGUUGAUCAUCAUCGCCAAUCCACACCUCCGGCAAAUUACAGCAUCUUGAAGAGACCUCCAGUGAUUUUGGAUAGAUUCAGUAAAUGUAGAUCCACCGUGAAGUACAGUGGUCGUAAAGCAAGGUGGGAUACUGGGCGGCUGGACUUGGGUCGCCCACAGCUAAAUGAGGAAAGCUGUGACCUUUUCACCGGAAAAUGGGUUUUUGCUAACUCUUCCUACCCUCUCUAUAAUGAGUCCGAUUGCCCAUACAUGUCUGACCAGUUGGCCUGCCACAAACAUGGAAGGCGUGAUUGGGGCUACCAGCACUGGAGAUGGCAGCCCGAGAAUUGUAAUCUUAAGAGAUGGAAUGUGAUUGAAAUGUGGGAGAAGUUAAGGGGAAAAAGGCUAAUGUUUGUUGGGGAUUCACUUAAUAGAGGGCAAUGGAUAUCCAUGGUGUGUUUGUUACAGUCUGUUAUUCCGGCAGAUAAGAGGUCCAUGUCACCAAAUGCACCUCUCACCAUUUUCAGAGCAGAGGAAUACAAUGCCACUGUGGAAUUUCUCUGGGCUCCACUUCUCAUUGAAUCUAAUUCAGAUGAUCCAGUAAAUCACAGACUAGAUGAACGGAUAAUAUGUCCAGAUUCAGUUUUUAAGCAUGCUGCUCAGUGGGAACAUGCUGAUAUACUGGUCUUCAACACAUAUCUGUGGUGGAGGCAAGGGCCAGUAAUGCUGUUAUGGAGUAGUGAAGCUAAUGGGGUUUGUGAAGAAAUAGAUGGGCUGGGAGGCAUGCAGUUGGCCAUGGAAGCCUGGGCUAAUUGGGUGGCCUCUAAUGUUGAUCCACUCAAGAAACAAGUCUUCUUUGUGACCAUGUCCCCUACGCAUCUUUGGAAGCGAGAGUGGGAGCCAGAAAGUGAAGGAAACUGUUAUAACGAGACAAAUCCCAUUACUGACACAGGCUACUGGGGAAGUGGUUCCGACCUGCCCACGAUGAACAUGGUGGAGAAGGUGCUGAGCAGCUUGGGUUCAAAGGUCACUGUUAUCAAUAUCACUCAACUCUCUGAGUAUCGAAAAGAUGGCCAUCCCUCUAUUUACCGCAAGUUUUGGGAGACCUUAAGCCCCAAACAGUUGGCUAACCCCGCUAGUUACUCUGAUUGUAUACAUUGGUGCUUACCUGGCGUGCCUGAUAUAUGGAACGAGUUGCUAUUCCAGUUUCUGUAGGUCUGCAUAUAUUUAUACAUGUAUGUAUCAUGCGACAAUAUGACUGCAGGGAAAGGGAACAAUGUCUUUGGAUCAUUGAAUGAAAAUAUUUUCAGGAUGAAGCAUGUUUUCUCAUAA